AUGGCCAGUAGUACUUCCGCUUCCGCUUCCUCCUCCGUUCAAACUAACAGUGCCUUAGUUUCCAAUAACGUCGUUGCUGCCUCUUCCGUUUCUGCUACCGCUAGUUCCAGCGCCUCCAAAAAUACCACCACUAGUUCAAAGAACGCUGCCCCAGGUAUGGUUGCUAACCCUGUCUCCUCAAAGUACGGUAUAAUCAUGGCCGCAUUUGCUGCUGUCUCUUUCGUCUUAGGUACUGGUAUUUAA